AUGAAUGCUCGUAAAUUUUUUCAAAGUUAUCAAACGCUUCUUAACAAGCGCCCAUAUUUAGUUCAAGCUAUCCAAACGGGAACUUUAAUGGGUGCUGGUGAUUUCAUAUCUCAAACUGUAAUAGAAAAGAAAUCUGUUAAAUAUGUUGAUUAUAAAAGAACCCUCAGAUUUUCUUCAAUUGGAUUUUUUGUAGGUGGUCCAGCUUUGAGAGCCUGGUAUGGAUUUUUAAAUAAAUAUGUAGGCUCAAAGGCUUCUGUGGGUAUAAUGCAAGGCAAAUCUUUAGAAAAUAUAGAAAAUGAUAUUAAAUACAAUUAUUUAGAAGUAUUAAAAACAAACUAUUACAUUUGGCCAGUGGUACAAAUAAUAAAUUUUUAUUAUGUUCCAUUACAAUAUCAAGUUUUAAUUGUUCAAACAGUAGCUCUAUUCUGGAAUACCUAUUUGUCAUGGAAAACAAAUAGAAAUGGUUUGAUACAGUAA